AUGGAUUUCCUCCAGGACUCACCUGGAGGCUCUAUCCUCUCUCCAUCCACCACCCACCGCCACCUUGGAGAUUUGCCUGAUCUCGCAGAUUUAUCUGAUUCUGACGACAUGGCCACCAGCAGCUCUUCCAUACCUACCAAUGACAAGGACAAACUUCAUCCUGAAGUCCUCAAGGAUCUCGAGCUUCACCAAGGAUUCAUGCGUCAAGCAAUCAAUGUUGCCGAAGAAGCCCUCGCUGGCGGAGAGACCCCAGUGGCAUGUGUCCUUGUCCUUGAUGGUGAAGUCGUCGCAAGAGGCAUGAAUGACACCAAUCGAUCUCUCAACGGCACUCGACAUGCUGAGUUCCUUGCAAUCGCCCAGUUCCUUUCUAAUUUCUCCAUCUCCAGACUCAGAGAGACGGAUCUCUAUGUUACCGUCGAACCCUGCAUCAUGUGUGCAUCAGCCUUGAGGCAAUAUGGAAUUCGAUGUGUCUACUACGGAUGUGGAAAUGAUCGUUUUGGUGGGAAUGGAAGCGUUCUCGCUGUUCAUUCUGACAAGGGUCUUGAGGAAGGCUAUCCGAGCUACGGAGGGAUUUUCAGGAAGGAGGCUAUCAUGUUGCUUCGUAGGUUCUACAUUCAGGAGAACGAGAAUGCACCAAAUCCAAGGGCCAAAGGCAAUCGAGAGUUGAAGCCGGUCGUUUGA